UGCUGCCCGCCGAGGCCGAGACCCGGCAGCGCCUCCUGCGCACGGCCAAGAAGGAGGUGAAGCAAAUUAUGGAGGAAGCCGUCACGCGGAAGUUCGUGCAUGAAGACAGCAGCCACAUCAUCUCUUUCUGUGCUGCGGUUGAGGCCUGCAUCCUUCAUGGGCUCAAGCGACGAGCAGCUGGUUUCCUGCGCAGCAACAAGAUUGCCGCUCUGUUCAUGAAGGUGGGGAAGAGCUUCCCUCCUGCCGAAGAGCUUUCUCGAAAGGUGCAGGACUUGGAACAGCUCAUCGAGAAUGCGCGCAACCAGGGCCCGGGGGCUCAGGAGAAUGCCUGCAAGGUCCAGAAGUUCCCCAGCUUGUCUCCCCAGGCCAUCAGGCACCUCUGGAUCCGCACGGCACUUUUUGAGAAAGUCCUGGACAAAAUCGUGCACCACUUGGUGGAAAACAGCAGCAAAUACUAUGAACGAGAAGCCCUGCUAAUGGACCCCGUCGAUGGGCCGAUUCUCGCCUCUCUGCUGGUGGGGCCUUGUGCCCUCGAAUACACCAAGAUGAAAACUGCCGAUCACUUCUGGACUGACCCUUCGGCUGACGAGCUUGUUCAACGCCACCGGAUCCACGGCUCCCACUGCCGCCAAGACUCGCCGACCAAGCGCCCGGCUCUUUGUAUCCAGAAAAGGCAUUCCAGUGGCAGCGUGGAUGACCGGCUUUCCCUCUCCGCCAGGGACUACGUGGAGUCCCUGCACCAGAACUCCAGGGCCACCCUUUUGUAUGGCAAAAACAACGUCCUUGUGCAGCCGCGAGACGACAUGGAGGCCAUUCCGGGCUACCUGUCCCUUCACCAGACUGCCGACAUCAUGACGCUGAAGUGGACUCCGAACCAGCUGAUGAAUGGCUCUGUGGGAGACCUGGACUACGAGAAAAGCGUGUACUGGGACUAUGCCAUGACCAUCCGCCUGGAGGAGAUUGUCUAUCUGCACUGUCACCAGCAGGUAGACAGCGGGGGGACAGUCGUCCUGGUGAGUCAAGACGGGAUCCAGCGUCCUCCGUUGCGCUUCCCCAAAGGGGGUCACCUCCUGCAGUUCCUCUCUUGCCUUGAGAAUGGACUCCUGCCCCACGGCCAGCUGGACCCUCCUCUCUGGUCGCAGAGGGGGAAGGGAAAAGUCUUUCCAAAGCUGAAGAAGCGCAGCCCCCAAGGAUCCGCAGAGUCUGCCUCGGACAAGGAGGAGGACGAAGCCACAGACUACGUUUUCCGAAUCCUCUACCCUGGAAUGCAGUCAGAGUUCGCCCCUCAGGACCUGAUGGAUGGACCAGGGGGUGGCCUUCCUUCCAUCUGGCAGCCAGCUGCCCGCCAGUCCUCCUGCUCCUCUUGCUCCCAGAGUGGGUCGACUGAGAGCGGCCCAUCCAACGGCUGCAACCACGAAAGAGCUCCGCUCAGGCUGCUCUGUGACAACAUGAAGUACCAGAUCCUCUCCAGAGCAUUCUACGGCUGGCUGGCCUACUGCCGUCAUCUCUCCACGGUGCGCACUCACCUGUCGGCGCUGGUGAACCAUGACAUUGUGUCUCCCAACACACCGUGCAACGCCAGCUUGGGUCUGACAUUGGAGAUCUGGGAAAAGUACUUGCAGGACAGCUCGAGCUUUGGGGAGAAGGAGCUGCUGCGCUUGGUCUACUUCGGAGGCGUCCAGCCUGAGAUCCGCAAAGCUGUCUGGCCGUUCCUCCUGGGGCAUUACCGGUUUGGGAUGUCAGAGGCCGAGAGGAGGGAGAUUGAUCAUCAGACCCACGCCUUCUACGCACAGACCAUGGCAGAGUGGCUGGGCUGCGAGGCCAUCGUCAGGCAGAGAGAGAAGGAGUCACAUGCAGCCGCCCUCGCUAAGUGCUCCUCAGGGGCCAGCCUCGACUCCCCCAUGGCGCGCUUGAUGCACCGGGAUUCCACCAUCAGCAGCGACUCUUCCCAGAGUGGCAGCUCUGGCCGGCAGAAUCUGGCCCGGCUGCAGAGUGACUCCAGCGGCAGCACACAGGUGUUUGAGUCGGUUGACGAGGUGGAGCAGCCUGAAGCGGAGUCCAGGCUUGAAGAGGGCAAGCGAGCCAAGCUCUCCAAUGGGACCCUCCCCAACGGGACCAGCUCCCCCGACUCUGGCCACCCUUCCUCACAGAACUUUUCGGUCACCUCCGCGUACUCCGAGCGCAGCUUCAGCACCGAGGACAGCGUAACGGAGGCCGGGAAGCCCACGGUGUCCCUCUUGGCCCAGCUGAGUGGAGCUGGGGUCCAGGGAGCCAGCGCCAGGGACGAUGUCCUCUUGGAUGGGAACCUGACGGGGGAAGGCCUGCCGUGUCAGGACAGCUUGGAAGGGGACUCGUCUGCCAACAGGAGUUUAGAGGAGCUUACUCCAGUGUGCAAGGAAGAAGAGCCAGAGAGGCCCGACAGCUGGGUGGACCACAGUGUUGAACAGCAGAACUCGAUGGGAAGCGAAGAGGAUCUCUCGGAAGAGCCAGAAAUGGAGAGCUUAUACCCCCAGCUGGAUUCGCACUCGCUGGCCAUCACUGACUUGGCUGCUGUCGAAGUUUCUCCUGUCUCCUCCUCAGGGGUCAUAUAUUCGCCAGAGCUCCUAGACAUGUACACAGUAAAUCUGCACCGCAUUGAGAAGGAUGUGCAGAGGUGCGACCGUAACUAUUGGUAUUUCUCACCUGCCAAUCUGGAGAAACUGCGCAACAUCAUGUGCAGCUACACCUGGCAUCAUCUCGACAUCGGCUACGUUCAGGGGAUGUGUGACCUGCUGGCUCCUCUGCUUGUCAUUUUAGAUGACGAAGCCCUGGCGUUCAGCUGCUUCUCAGAGCUCAUGAAGCGUAUGAACCAGAACUUCCCCCAUGGGGGAGCCAUGGACACGCAUUUUGCGAACAUGAGGUCCCUCAUCCAGAUUCUGGAUUCAGAGCUGUUUGAGCUGAUGCACCAAAAUGGGGACUACACGCAUUUCUACUUCUGCUACCGCUGGUUCCUCCUGGAUUUUAAGCGAGAACUCAUUUAUGACGACGUCUUCUCGGUCUGGGAGACAAUCUGGGCGGCCACGAAGAUCUCCUCUUCGCACUAUGUCCUCUUCAUUGCACUUGCCUUGGUGGAAGUUUACCGGGACAUCAUCCUCGAGAACAACAUGGAUUUCACAGACAUCAUCAAGUUCUUCAACGAAAUGGCCGAGCGUCACGACACCAAACAGAUCCUGAAGUUGGCGCGGGACCUUGUGUACAAAGUCCAGACACUCAUUGAGAACAAGUGAUUCGGCAGAGCAGGGCGAGGAGGAAGACCCCUGCAGAGGGCAGCCACAGUGGAGUGCGUGAGCCAGAGAGAACCCCUCCCCAGCUGCUGCUCGAGUCAUGUGAGCCCCGGAGGAGACGGGUCCCAGGCCCUGGGCUGAUUCUCGCAGCUUGUGUUUCUGGCCAUCGCUUGCUGGUUCUGCAUCCAUUGUGGCACUUAACCAAAGAACUUGCAACCUGUCUCCUUUCUUUUCCACGCAUAGUGGAGUCUGAUGUGGCACAAGCCUUGCCUUUAGGAGGGGGUGGAAAGAACCCCGUGGCGGGAAUAUCGGCUUUCAUGGAAGUAGCAAUGAAAAGAGGGAUGAAGCCUAUCACGUGCUCUCCCAUCCUCCCUGCGGAUCUUCCGGAGUGAACAUGUGUGUAAUAUUUUCUGGAGCAGCCACUUCACGUCCCAAAUGCGCAGG